GGGAGAGAGCAUGGCAUCGAGGAGCAGAGAGGAGAUGACGGCCGCGGUGUUCCCGGUCAGGGUCUUCACCCUGGAGGAGGAGGAGGUGGAGGAGCAGACGGAGGUGGAGGAGCAGAGGGAGGAGCAGGAGGUGGAGGAGCAGCAGCGGAUGCAGGAGGCGCUGGGAGGCGCUCCUCAGGUGACGGUGCGCCGGCACCGACCCGGCGGGGACCUGACCCUGAUGCUCCGCAUCGCACUGGGGGGAGUGAACCUCAGGGUGCAGGACGGCGAUGGAGGAUCUGUGUUCGACAUCAGCUUCACCAGUGAAACCAGUAGCUGUCGGGUGGGAUCCCAGUCUCUGCUGGUCAAUCACGGUGGUCUCAGCAUUCUGCUACUGUGCAAAUCCCCCGCCGACGUGCAGAACAUCUGCCAGCUGCUGUUUAGAUCGGACAAUGGCCGCCAAGAUGGCCGCCAAGAACGGCCCCAAGAUGGCCGCCAAGAACGGCCCCAAGAUGGGCCCCAAGAAAGGCGACAAGAUGGCCCCCGCUCCAACACUGCUGACCGGAGAAUGGCAGAGUCCGUGGCCAUGAAGUAUUUUAUGUACCCCGGCUGUCUGUCCCAGCAGCAGAACCUGCUCCAGGACUACCAGCGGACCGCCACGUACCAGAGGGCCUUCCUGGACAACGAGGAGGACUUUAGGGACAAGGUGGUCCUGUGUGUGGGCGGGGGCUCCGGGAUUCUGUCUUUCUUCGCAGUCCAGGCCGGAGCUAAGAGGGUCUACGCUGUCGAGACCCCCCCCAUUGCCGAAUACCUGAAGGUCCUGCUCGGGGGUAACGGUCUCUCCGACCGUGUCACUGUGCUGGAGGGGGGGUUGGAGAAGGCGGAGCUCCCAGAGGAGGUGGACCUCAUCGUCUCUGAGCCAAUCGGAUACCUUCUGCUGCACGAGAGGAAGCUGGACAGCUUCCUGUUGGCCAGGAAGUGGCUGAAACCCAAAGGGCUGAUGUUCCCGUCCAGUGCGGAGAUCCACCUGGCCCCCUUCACCGACGACCAGCUCUACAUAGAGCAGCACUCACGCACCAGCUUCUGGCAGCAGAGGGGUUUCCAUGGUAUCAACCUGUGUGGGCUGCACACGGCUGCUCUCAACGAGGUCCUCAGACAGCCAAUAGUGGACACCUUCGACAUGGCCGCUCUGAUGGCGAGCUCGGCUAGACACCGUUUAGACUUCAUCAAGGACCGGGAGGAGAGUCUGCACCGGAUAGAGAUCCCCUUCGUGUUCCGGCUGCUCCAGUCCGGUCUGGUCCACGGCCUCGCCUUCUGGUUCGACGUGGCCUUCACAGGCUCCAGCUCUACGGUGUGGCUGUCCACUGCCCCCACUGAACCCCUGACCCAGUGGUACCAGGUGCGCUGCCUGCUGCAGACGCCGCUGUUCGCCAAGCUGGGCCAGACGCUGUCGGGCACCGUGCUGAUGACCACCAACCAGAGACACAGCUACGACAUCCACAUCACAGCGACCGUAGACCAGUCCGGGUUUAGAUCGGGGAACCUCCUGGACCUUAAAAACCCUUUCUUUAGAAUGCCGACCUGGCUCCACGGCUAGAAGGUCCAUAAUGGACCACCUCAGCAGAUCCCACCUUCUACAUCUAGAAUCCACCAAGACAAAAUGUACCCCUGUUCCAUACACAUUAUUAUGCUGUAUUAACACUUUGGUGGAAUAGCAUUAUUUUCAAAAUAAAGCACAACUAAGGAUUUUUAUCCGAUUUCAAUUAUUGUUCCCCUUAGCUGAUUGUACUUGACUCACAUGUUGCAGUUAAAAUAAAGAACAAUGAAUUAUUUUAU